AUGUCCAUCCCCAGACCACAAAGUCCACCCAACAGAAGCGUCUCCGAAAUCAAAGCAGCAUUCGAAGCACGCGCAGCGGCCGCGCAGCAGACAUUGCAGCAGCGCACUCCGCCCAAGACCGCCGACACGGCUAACAUGGCUUCUCCCAAGCGCUCAUCAUUCUUGCCCAAGGUCUCACCACCUUCGAUCGAUGCCAUUCUCGACGUGGUCCCGUCGAAGCUGCGUCCUCGUUGGAUUGGUCACAAGCCCGCACCCAGACCCGUCACUCCAGGUGUAGAAGCUAUGAAGAUUCCGGUCUGCAUCGAGUUCGCCUCGCCCGGUUUGAAACCGCCCGUGUAUGUCGGCACCAGCCUGAGCGAUCCACAAUGGGCGCCUCUGGAGAUGGAGCACUUUACUCGCCCAGACGGCAAGUUCACCUUCCGGAAGUUCUUCGCGGUCGAGGAAGGUGAGUAUCAGUACAAGCUUCGCCUCGGACCUGGAGACUGGUGGGUCUGCGAUGAUACCCAGCCACAGGUCGAUGAUGGCAGCGGUAACAAGAACAAUCUCGUCGUCGUCAAACAUGCRGCUGCCAAUCAUUUGGCGCCGCCAACCCCAUCUGCUCAUGAGGCAGCUACGGCCGACAAGGUCGAGUCUGCUCAUAAAGUCCCUCUCGUGCCGCAUGAGGACCACAGUCCAGAGACCAAGGUUCCAUCUAUUCCUGUUCCUGAGAUCAAGGAGCAUUCAGACUUGGAGUCUGCCACCCACGCUCCUCUCUUGCCGCACGAGGUCCACACGCCCGAGGUCAAAGGCAACCCAGAUCAACACACAACACCAGACCCUCCCACCCACGCUCCACUCAUGGAGCAUGAAGAUCUCUCGCCGAAGAAGGAUCAUUCCACCCCGCCGCCAACAGAAGACAUUGCGGGACCGCUGCAUUGCGAAACCCAUUCACCCCUGUUCGCUCAUGAGUGUACCACGCCGACCAGCACCAGCUCGCGAUGUGACGAUCACUCGCGGGAUUCUGCUUCUCCUCGAGAUGUCAUGAGAGGCAUCAACAAGCCCGGCUCACCCAUUCCAGAUGAAGCCGAUCCCAAUGAUCCCUCGUUGGUGAAGUUCCCAACCGACCACAAGGGCAUCAUGGAACAUCUCGAACACACUCACAAGACCUUGCCGGCGGAUGAGACGCUCGAUCACGGUAGUGUUAGUGCUCCUUCUCCCACCUCAUCCCACUCCAGCUCUCCGAUUCCGCUUCCUAGCGUGAAGGAGGGUGAAGAGGAGGAAGAUGACGACCACCUCGCUCCCGAAUCGGACGUCCCAAAGCUACAAAUCUUCGAAGCUGACCGGCUAGCGAACCCAAUCACACCCCCACUCACACCGAAGGAUGUCUUCGAUGACAUGCAGAAGGAGUUCACAGGCGGCUUCAGCGACAAGGCCAAAGCAAUUGCCGACCAGAUUCCGGAUCAUGCCAAGGAGUCUGCAAAGUCUGUAUUCUUUCUCGUCCUGGGCACCGCCGUCGCGCUCGCUGCUACGGUGAUUAGCAUCUGGUACAUCAAGUCUAAGAGCCCGCUCGAUCACAUGCUAGAUUGA